GUCACAAAAACAAAAGUAGAUGACGUAAUUGAGUCCACAUACUUUUCUGACACUAAUACCUUCGAUUUUGGGUCCUUAUUAGUGUUUCGACAAGAUAAAAGGUUUGAUGUCAUGACAUCUAAUGCUGGACAAUGUGGAUUACUAGAAAUAUCAGCAGGUGUUACAAAGCUCGGUUUAUUUUCUGAUAAAUUGCACAUAUGUAUCACAAAUAAUCCACAUAUUGAUAUAAUCGAGCUUCAAUGCAAUGGUGCGAAAUUGGACAUAGAACUUGAAAGCAAACAGUUAUCAUUUGGACAAGUGCUUCUAUAUAGAAAAAAUUUUCUACCUUACUUUAUCUGGAAUAGUUCUCCGAUCGAUAUUUUUUGGCGUCUGGAGUUUGACGGACCAUUAGAUCCUCAAAUAUCAUUUACACCUACUAAUGGCAUUGUUAAAGCUCGGAAUGACCAGAAAAUUGAAUUCUAUUAUUAUGCUAAUAAAGUAAAAACCUAA